CAUGAAUUAUUAUAACCAACUAAUAUGGUAUACACCAAAUUAAGGACAACAUCUCCAACUUAAUUUAUAACUGACAGCUGUCAAAAUUUUGACACAAUUUGUGCAUCUCUUGUAACAACAUCAACAUGUCCCCGAACUUUUUGGAAACAUGAGAAAACAAAACAAGAAUCACCACAACAUGAAAUCUGGUUUUGAUACUUUUGGCAUAUUCCCUCUGCAUGCAUGUUAGUUGCAUAACAUUGUUCGUUUCUUGAGAUUCAAGUUUAUCAUUUUUUUUUUUUGUUUGUUAACAAUAUAUGCAUGAAAUUAUUUGAAUUAAUAUCUUCAUUUGGGGUAUCCAUGUUAAUGGAGAAGGGUAUCCAAAAUAACUGAAAAGCAUUGGAAGAAAAACACACACAAUGAUUGGUAAAGAUGGAGGUGUUUUUAAGGCAUGGGAAGCCACGGUGAGAAGAACAAGUGCAGUAGCUAAAAAACGUGCCAAUAGUAUAUUUGGUCUUGGAGCAUUAGCAAUUACAAAUGCAGACGAUGAAGAAGGCAGCCACCACCAUGAUGAUAACGAUGAAAAUGGAAACCAGGUAUUUGAACUAUACACCGAAGAGAAGGUUCUUUCCAAUGGUGAUUACUAUACAGGACAAUGGGCAGAAAAUUUUCCACAUGGAGAAGGAAAAUAUCUAUGGACGGAUGGGUGCAUGUACGUUGGACAAUGGUUCAAAGGAAAAACAAAGGGAAAAGGUAGAUUCAGUUGGCCUUCAGGCGCUACAUAUGAAGGCGAAUUCAAGACUGGUUUCAUGGAUGGUGUAGGAACAUACACGGGUAUUAAUGGUGAGACAUAUAAAGGACAAUGGGUGAUGAAUUUAAAACAUGGUCAUGGGUAUAAGAGUUAUGUGAAUGGUGAUUGGUAUGAAGGUGAUUGGAGGAGAGGGGUGCAAGAUGGAAAAGGGAGGUAUGAAUGGAGAGAUAUGAGUCAUUAUAUUGGUGAAUGGAAGAAUGGGAUAAUUUGGGGUAAAGGAUCAUUUUUUUGGCCUAAUGGUAAUAGCUUUGAAGGGAUUUGGGAAGAUGGUUUGCCAAAAGGAAAUGGAACUUUUAGAUGGCAAGAUGGAAGUUAUUAUGUUGGGAACUUUAGUAAGGAUGAUGAUGAUAAUAAUAAAGAUGAAAAUGGGAAAUUUUAUCCAUUUGAUGAAUCAUCUAAUGAAAGUUAUAUGAAUUGGGAUCCUCAAGAUUUGUAUAGUGAAUUGAGUGGCUAUUCAGUUUGUCCUAGUGAGAAGGUUUCGGUGUUGCCAUCACAAAAGAGACUUGCUGUUUGGAGGUCUACUAGAGGAGGGGAAAGUGGUAAACCUCGGAGAAUGUCGGUCGACGGAAGGGCAAGUGUUGGAGGGGAGAAACCAAGUGAUAGAAUGAAUUUGUGGGAUGGUGGUGGGAGUAGCCAUGGAGGACGAGGAGAGGGUGAUGCUAGUAGUGGUGGUAAUAGAACUCCUCCUACUUUAGGGAGUGAUUAUGAUGAUGAUUCAAUUAGUUCACGUAUCGAUGAUGCUGAUGAUGAUGCUUUGAAUCAACUGCAGCCUUUGAAAGCACCAAAGAAAUCAAAGAGGCAGGGUGAGACUAUAUGCAAAGGGCACAAAAAUUUUGAGCUCAUGCUUAAUUUGCAGCUGGGAAUUAGGCACUCAGUUGCAAGACCUGCUCCUACAGCAUCACUUGAUCUUAAGCCAUCAGCUUUCGACCCAAAGGAGAAAGUGUGGACAAGAUUUCCACCUGAAGGAUCAAAAUAUACUCCACCACAUCCAUCAUGUGACUUUAAGUGGAAAGACUAUUGCCCUGUAGUUUUUAGGACUCUCAGGAAGCUAUUCAAGGUGGAUCCAGCUGAUUACAUGCUUUCCAUAUGUGGAAAUGAUGCUCUUCGCGAACUUUCCUCACCUGGAAAAAGUGGAAGCUUCUUUUACUUAACCAACGAUGACCGAUACAUGAUAAAGACAAUGAGAAAAGCUGAAGUGAAAGUCCUGAUAAAAAUGCUUCCAGCCUAUUACAACCAUUUUAGAGAGCAUCAAAAUACUCUAUUAACAAAAUAUUAUGGCCUGCAUUGUGUAAAGUUAAAUGGACCUAUCCAAAAGAAGGUUAGAUUUAUCAUAAUGGGAAACCUCUUUUGUUCUGAGUAUAUCACGCAUAGACGCUAUGAUUUGAAGGGUUCUUCACUUGGUCGCACAUCUGAUAAGCUUGAGAUAGAGAUUAGUGAAACCACUAUUCUUAAAGAUCUUGACCUUAAUUUUAUAUUUCUACUUCAGAAAUCUUGGUUUGAAGAGUUUUGCAGACAAGUUGAUAAGGAUUGUGAGCUUCUAGAACAAGAGGGAAUUAUGGACUAUAGUCUGCUACUUGGCAUUCAUUUCAAAAGUAUAUCACAAGAUGGGGAUGUUCUUCCGAUAGCACCUCAAUCUCCUACCGGUGAUUCAGAGAAUGAAGAAACGUCAAUAGAAGACACAGAACAUGUUCCUUCUGAUCCUUCUAGCACAAUCUUGGGUGUGAAUAUUCCAGCAAAAGCUGAAAGGACAGUCAGAAGAGGCGAUAUCGAAACACAACUAGUCGGAGAACCAAUUGAAGAGUUCUAUGAUGUUCAACUUACUUUUGGUAUCAUAGACAUACUUCAAGACUAUGAUAUCAGCAAGAAGCUUGAGCAUGCCUACAAAUCCAUUCAAUAUGACCCUACCUCAAUAUCAGCAGUUGAUCCUAGACAAUACUCGAGGCGCUUUCGCGAUUUUAUAUUUAGAAUUUUCACUGAAGAGACUUUUGAAACCUAGAACAUGAUUUUGCUAUUCCUCAAGUUUAUGUUAUCAUACUUCAUACUUUCAUUUUUUUUUUUUGUAUAGUACAUUAUAUAUAUGAACACAUUGUGAGGAAACUCUGAAA